GGGUUUUCACCAGCUCCCUCCUCUGGUGAGCGCCAGGCCGAGGAAACUUCCUCUCACUCAGACGGUGAAAGCACAGAUUCUGAAAAAAUGGCUUUAUCUGAGACUGAACUUGCAAAAAAGGAAGAACAGCCUGUGGAAUACUCUACUGAUUCAAUGAGGAAUGGAACUCAAAUGAACAGGCAAAAAUUCAUAAGUAUUCCUCAGCACACUGCACCACAAACUGAAGAAGAUGAUCACCUGGUGAUGCCAGCUAUAAAUCUAGAUGGAGAGGUGUCUGCUCUUGCCAGGGUUCCAGAAGUGGUUCAAACUCUGGAAAGUUGUGCACUGACCUGGCAGGAAUUAAUAUCCACAGUUCUGGAGGAACAACUGCAAAAGGUUCCACAGGGCAAUGGUCCUCUUGCAGAAGUUAACUUCUGGCAGGAAAAAAGUGCUACUUUAAGUGCUCUUACUGAACAGACAAAGCUUCCAGAGGUGCAGAAAGUCUUGGAAAUAUUACAGGAAGCUGAAUCCAAGCAUGUUGGAGAUUUACAGAUAGUCUUAAGUGACCUCCAAAAACAUCACGUGGAAGCUCUAGAUAAUGUUAAGUUCCUUUCAACCCUCGAACGCCACUUGAAGAACUUAGCAUAUGGCACUGGGUUUGAUGUUGUCCGGAGUACAAUUCCUUCACUGCUGAGCACCCUGAGAAUGGUGUGGAUUAUGUCACGAUAUUACAGCCAGGAGGAGCAAAUGGUUUCCCUCAUGGAACGGAUUGCAUGGGAAAUUGCCACAAGAGUGGACAGAGCUGUGGAUGUACACACACUGUUCAAAGAAGAUAGAGCUGCUGCAAAAAAGAAAGUAACAGAAGCCAAAAGAACUCUUGAACAAUGGAAAAAAAGUUAUUUCACUGUUUGUGCCCAAAUUGAAGGAUCAGGAAAUGAACAUCUCUGGAAAUUUGACCAGAAAUGUUUGUUUGAAAAAACAGAUUAUAUGACUUCAGUCUGUCAAGAUCUGUAUGAUAUUUUUCAGGUCACUGAAGAGUUUCACAAUCUGUUCAUUCCUGAGCUAAGAACUGUGACAGCGAAUCCAAAGUAUAUUGAAGCUCUGCUGAGAGAAGUAAAUGGACUAACUAUUCCUAUGGAAGAAUUGUCUUUUGACCCUUUUAGCCUCCAAAGUGCACAUGACUGGAAAUCAAUUGUGGCAGAAUUUAGAGAAGAAGUUUCAGUUAUCGAGGAAAAGUUCAAGGAGUUUAUUGAUGAAUCUUUUAAGAGCCUUCGAUCAGCAGAAGCUGCUUUUGACAUGCUGUUAAAGUUCAAACACAUCAGCAUUCGUGAAACUGUUGCUGAGCAGAUGAUGAUGAAGUUCAGGGAUGUUUUGGACCAAUAUUGUAAAGAGGUUGAAAAAGUUAAGAAAAUCUUUGAUGAGAACCUCAAGGACCCACCUUUGUACAAGAAUCAUCCUCCAGUGGCUGGAGCAAUAUUCUGGUCCAGGUCCCUUUUGCGUCGGAUCAAAUGCACUAUUGUUCAAUUUGAAGAACUAAAGGAGUUGCUUUCUAGUGAACGUGGAAAGGAAGUAAAACAAAUGUAUCUUCAAGUAGCCAAGAAGAUGAAAGAGUAUGAAGAUCAAAAAUACAGUCAGUGGAUAGAGAGGAUAAACCAGAUACUCCCUCUGUUCCUGAAAAAUACUCUGCUGAGUGUUGUCAGUGGCGAGGCUGCAGCAAAUGUUAAUCCAGGGAUGUCUGAGCAGACCUCAGUAACAGAGGAGCUUCUCCCCACCAAGAAAAGCAAAUCAUUCACAGUGAAUUUUUCUCCCAUAUUCCACGAGAUUGUCACUGAAACAAAAUAUAUGGAACAACUAGGAUUUCCAGUCCCAGAAACAGCAAGAUAUGUGGCAUUACAGGAAGACAAGUAUCUUGGGUAUUUAAGUAGGUUGAAAGCCAUGCUGGAUCGCUAUCACAAGUUAAUGGAAACACUGAGUGAAGCAGAAACAGAACUUCUUGAUGACAGUCUCCAAGAACUCUGGAGAAUAUUCAAAUCAGGACACAGGAGACUCACAUGGAACUCCUUAGGUAUUGGUGACUUUAUUAUCCAGUGUACACAAGCCAUUGGGAAGUUUGAAUCACUUGUCCAUCAGGUUCAUCUUAUUUCUGAAGACAUAAGCAGCAAACUUCUGUUCAUAGAAUCAACAAAUCUCUUUAAGUUUCCACUUGCAAAACAUGAUGAUGACCUUCCUGGAGCGAAAGAAUUUUUUGACUAUGUUAAGUGUGAAAGAGCAAAAGAUGUGGAACACAUGGUUGGAAAGUUUUCUGCGAUUUCACAGCUGCUAAUAGAAGUGGAAGAACAAGUUGCCAAUACAAACAGUGGCAAAUCUCCAAAAUUAGCUUCCUAUUAUGCACACUGGGAAAACAAGAUUUAUCAGGUGUUGACACAGUUAAUUGUGAAGAAUUUACAGGCUUUUAAUGCAGCUCUUCUUGCAAAUGUGCCACUGUUCCAAAUAGAAGCUCUUUUGUCUGUUCCUGACAUAAUCAUGCAACCUGAUGCCAGUGAGAUUGACAAAAUGACUGUACAAUGUAUCCAAGACUGUGUUGAGGUCACUAAGCACUUCGUACGAUGGAUGCAUGGUACAUGUAUUAAAUGUCCUCCUCAGCACAUCAAGAAAGAUGAAGUUUCGACUUUCAGCUUUUACAGCGAUGUCUUCCAGAACCCUCUGAUAGCUGACCAGGCUGUUCUCAUCACUCAGAAUGUCCACACAGUCCUGGCUUCUCUCAGCAAGCAUUUGAACCAAUGGGAGAGGUAUGACCUGCUGUGGAAAUCAGACAAAGCUGAAGUCCUGGAGAGGUUAGCUGCAGAAAAGCCUACAUGUGUCACCUUUGAUGAGCAGAUGCAGUUCUAUACGAAGUUAGCUCAGGAAGUGCCUCAACAGCCCUUGAUUAAAGAUGAGCAAUUUAUCAGGCUUCACCUGGCUCCUUUAGCCUUCACACUGCAGGAGAAUGCCAGGGGCUGGGUGGUUUCAUUUGGGAAGUUGCUUAAUGAAUCUGCAAGAGAGGAACUCUUCAGCCUUCACAAGGAGAUGCAGAACUUAUCAGAGAAUCUUAAUAGACCUCCUGAUACCCUGGAAGAUCUCAAAAUGGUGCUUGGCACAAUGGCAGAGAUCAAAGACAUGUCCUUUGAGGUGGAGCUGAAAUACUUGGACAUCUGGGAGAGAUACCGAACUCUUGCAAUGUACAAUAUUCCAGUAACUAAAGAAGAGCAAGAGAUGGCUGACGGAAUUAAGGAGAAGUGGGAGGCUCUUGUCUUGGAAGCCUCAGAAGUCAAUCGCAGCCUUGGAGGUGUAAAAAAAGCUUUCAGAAAGAUUACACGGCAACAAAUUGAGGACUACAGCAAAGAGACAACAGAUUUCUUUCAAAAAUUAGUGUCCGAGGGGCCUGCGACUGUUGGGGAAGAUCUUGAUAAAGGAUUGGAACUCAUGGCCAUUUUUGAAAAAGAAUUGGAGAGACUGGAGAAAAGUUCUCAGGAACUGGGCAGUGCUGAGAAAUUUCUAGACUUGCCAGGAGCAACAUACCCUGACUUAAUGCAGGCACAGAAUGGUGUGAAGGCUCUAAAGCAGAUCUAUGACAUUUAUGCAUUACAGAGAGCAGCUAAAAAGGAAUGGUCUCAGACACUCUGGACAAACCUUAAUGUGCCACUUCUUCAGGAAGGAAUUGAAGGAUUUCUUAAAGCCCUUCGGAAGUUGCCCAGAGCAGUGCGCACCAUGCCAGUGGCCAUUCAGCUGGAAACAAAAAUGAAGGCAUUCAGAGACUCCAUUCCUUUGCUGCUUGAUUUGAAAAAUGAAGCUUUAAGAGAAAGGCAUUGGAAAGAGCUUAUGGAGAGAACAGAAACCUGGUUUGAAAUGACAACAGAAACAUUCACUUUGGAGAACAUGUUUGCUAUGGAACUUCACAGACAUUCAGAUGUUAUCAGUGAAAUAGUCGGAACUGCUGUUAAGGAACUUAGCGUUGAGAAGGGACUGAAGGAAGUAGCAGAAACAUGGGAAACCCUGAAAUUCACUGUACAAGAGUACUUCAAAGGCACUGAGAAGAGGGGUUAUAUUCUGGGAUCUGUAGCUGAAAUAUCAGAGAUCCUCGAUGACAACAAUGUCAAUCUUCAGAGUGUCUCGAGCAGUCGAUUUGUGGGUCCUUUCCUUUCAGCUGUUCACCGCUGGGAAAAAACUCUGUCAUUGAUUGGUGAAGUAAUUGAGGUCUGGGUAGCUGUUCAGAGAAAGUGGAUGUACCUGGAGAGCAUCUUUGCUGGUGGAGAUAUCAGAUCACAGCUUCCAGAGGAAGUCAAGAUAUUUGACAGUGUAGACAGAAUGUUUAAACAGAUAAUGGAUGAAACUGUAAAAGAACCAACAAUAAAAACAUGCUGCGAAGCCCAAAAUCGUCUGUCAGAUCUCCGUCAUAUAAAUGAUGUGCUGGAGAAAUGUCAGAAAAGCUUGAAUGACUAUUUGGAUUCCAAGAGAAAUGCUUUCCCAAGAUUUUUCUUUAUAUCUGAUGAGGAGUUGCUCAGUAUCCUUGGCAGCAGUAGUGCACUUUGUGUCCAGGAACACAUGAUCAAGAUGUUUGAUAACAUAGCCUCGCUGAGGUUUCAGGAUGGUGACAAUGACAAGAAGAUUGCAACAGCCAUGGUCUCAGCUGAGGGGGAGGUGAUGGAGUUCCAUCAGGCUGUCCCUGCAGUGGGCAGAGUGGAGAGCUGGAUGACAGCAGUGCUGGCAGAAAUGAGAGAGACGAACAAGCGCCUCACUAAGGAAGCCAUUUUUCGAUACUGUGAGGACAGAAGCAGAGUUGAUUGGAUGUUACUUUUCCAAGGCAUGAUGGUCCUGGCUGCUAAUCAGGUGUGGUGGACUUGGGAGGUGGAGGAUGUCUUUCGGAAAGUGCAAGAGGGAGAAAAACUGGCCAUGAAAAUUUAUGCUGAAAAAAUGCACAAGCAGAUUGAUGACUUGGUUACUCGAAUCACCAUGCCUUUGAGCAAAAAUGACAGGAAGAAAUACAACACUGUGCUCAUCAUCGAUGUUCACGCCAGAGACAUUGUCGACGUGUUCGUAAGAGACAGCAUCCUGCAGGCUCAGGAGUUUGAGUGGGAAAGCCAGCUGCGGUUUUACUGGGAGCGCGAGCCGGACGACCUGCGCGUGCGGCAGUGCACUGGCUGCUUCUCCUACGGCUACGAGUACAUGGGGCUGAACGGGCGCCUGGUGAUCACCCCCCUGACAGAUCGGAUCUACCUCACCCUCACACAGGCUCUAUCAAUGUUUUUGGGAGGAGCACCAGCAGGGCCAGCAGGUACAGGGAAAACAGAAACCACCAAGGAUCUGGCCAAAGCACUGGGCUUGCUGUGUGUAGUGACAAACUGUGGAGAAGGCAUGGACUUCAAAGCAGUUGGUAAAAUUUUCUCUGGGCUUGCCCAGUGUGGAGCAUGGGGAUGCUUUGAUGAGUUCAAUCGCAUCGAUGCUUCUGUGCUCUCGGUCAUUUCUUCUCAGAUUCAGACGAUUCGAAAUGCUUUAAUCAAUCAGUUGAAAACGUUUCAGUUUGAAGGACAGGAAAUUGCUCUUGAUAGCCGGAUUGGCAUUUUUAUUACAAUGAAUCCUGGUUAUGCUGGUCGGACUGAGCUCCCCGAGUCUGUAAAAGCUUUGUUCAGGCCUGUGGUUGUUAUUGUACCAGAUCUUCAGCAGAUCUGUGAAAUAAUGCUGUUUUCUGAAGGGUUCCUUAUGGCAAAGGUCCUUGCCAGAAAGAUGACAGUGCUGUACAAGCUGGCAAGGGAACAGCUUUCUAAACAGCAUCACUAUGAUUUUGGCCUGAGGGCCCUUAAGUCAGUGUUGGUGAUGGCUGGAGAACUGAAAAGAGGAUCACCAGACCUCAGUGAGGAAGUUGUAUUGAUGAGAGCUCUGCGCGAUAUGAAUCUUCCUAAAUUUGUGUUUGAGGAUGUGCCUCUCUUCCUUGGCUUAAUCUCUGACCUAUUUCCUGGCCUGGAUUGCCCUCGAGUCCGUUACCCUGACUUUAAUGAUGCUGUAGAAGAAGCACUGGAAGAAGAGGGUUAUGUUAUUUUACCAGUCCAGGUGGAUAAAGUCGUUCAGAUGUAUGAGACAAUGUUAACUCGUCACACUACAAUGGUAGUUGGUCCUACUGGAGGUGGCAAGUCAGUUGUCAUUAAUACCUUGUGCCAGGCCCAAAACAAGCUGGGAUUAUUGACAAAGCUUUACACACUGAACCCUAAAGCUAUGAGUGUGAUUGAGCUGUAUGGGAUCCUUGACCCUACCACACGUGACUGGACAGAUGGAGUCCUGUCCAACAUUUUCCGGGAAAUCAACAGGCCCACUGACAAGAAAGAGCGACGGUACAUUCUCUUUGAUGGAGAUGUGGAUGCUCUCUGGGUUGAAAACAUGAAUUCUGUCAUGGAUGACAACAAGUUACUGACCCUGGCGAACGGGGAGAGGAUUAGACUUCAGCCACACUGUGCUUUGCUGUUUGAGGUUGGUGACUUACAGUAUGCAUCUCCUGCCACGGUGUCCCGCUGUGGAAUGGUCUUUGUAGAUCCUAAAAAUCUGAGAUAUAAGCCCUACUGGGAGAAGUGGAUCAAUGACAGAGAAAAUGAGCAAGAGAGAACGGAAUUGAAUCGUCUCUUUGAAAAAUAUGUGCCCUCCCUUAUUGACUUGAUUGUAGAGGGAAUUGUGGAUGGCAAACAUGGAGAAAAGCUGAAGACCAUUGUUCUUCAGACAGAUUUAAAUAUGGUUGUGCAGUUGACUGUGAUGCUGGAAGCCCUACUGGUACAGCCUGAAGAGCCUGAUGUUCUGGAGUGUUUUUUCUUGGAAGCUUUGUAUUGUUCCUUAGGUGCUUCUCUUCUUGAUGCUGGGAGAACUAAAUUUGAUGAACAUGUUAAACGCCUUUCCUGCAUGUCUACUGUUCAUGAUGACAACACCCUGGCUAAGCCAGGGGAGCUGCCAGGUCAGCUGCCAACUUUGUAUGACUUUCAUUUUGAUGGAUCUCAAAAAACGUGGGUACCGUGGAUGAGACUUGUUCCUGAAUAUAUUCAUAAGCCUGAAGUGAAAUUCCUGGACAUUCUAGUGCCCACAGUGGACACAACACGCACCACUUGGUUACUACAGCAGAUGGUGAAGCUCAGACGCCCAGUUGUUCUUGUAGGUGAAUCAGGAACAUCUAAAACAGCAACUGCACAGAACUUCCUAAACAACCUGGACAAGGACUUUAAUCUGGUGCUGGUGAUAAACUUCUCUUCUCGUACGACAUCCAUGGACAUUCAGAGAAACCUGGAAACUAAUGUAGAGAAACGAACUAAAGACACUUUUGGCCCUCCCAUGGGAAAACAGCUCGUUGUGUUCAUGGAUGAUCUGAAUAUGCCAAGGGUUGAUGAAUAUGGCACACAACAACCCAUUGCCCUGCUGAAGCUGCUGCUAGGAAAAGGUUUCUUGUACGAUCGUGGUAAGGAGAUGAACUGUAAAUAUCUUCGAGACUUGGGAUUUAUCGCUGCCAUGGGGAAAGCUGGAGGAGGUCGGAAUGAAGUUGACCCUCGAUUCAUCUCACUCUUCAGUGUUUUUAACAUACCUUUUCCUUCUGAGCAAUCACUGAAUUUGAUCUACUCCUCCAUCCUGAAAGGCCACACUGCGGUGUUUAAUGAGUCAAUAUCAGCCAUCUCUGACAAGAUUACUCUGUGUACCUUGGAGCUUUAUAAAAUGAUUAUUAGUGACCUACCCCCUACUCCUUCCAAAUUCCAUUACAUAUUUAACCUAAGGGAUCUUUCCAGGAUCUAUAAUGGACUUAUCCUUACAAAUCCAGAGAGGUUUCAAACAGUGACCCAGAUGGUGAGAGUUUGGAGAAAUGAGUGCCUGAGGGUAUUCCAUGACAGGUUGAUUAAUGAAGCAGACAAAGCAUUGGUACAAGGUCACAUAAAGAACUUGAUUGAAGAGCACUUCACAGAUGACUUGGAGCAGGCCAUGAGGGAUCCUAUUCUUUUUGGAGAUUUCAGAACAGCUCUGAAUGAAGAAGAACCUCGUAUCUAUGAGGAUAUCCAAGACUAUGAUGCAGCAAAAGCUAUCUUUCAGGAGAUUUUGGAAGACUAUAAUGAAUUUAAUAUUAAAAUGAAUCUGGUUCUUUUUGAUGAUGCUUUGGAGCACUUGAUCCGGAUACAUCGCAUCAUACGGAUGGACCGUGGGCAUGCCCUGCUCGUGGGAGUGGGAGGCUCAGGAAAGCAGUCUCUAACCAGACUGGCUGCCUAUACAGCUGGAUAUGAGGUGUUUGAGAUCAUCUUGAGUCGAGGAUAUGGAGAAAAUAAUUUCCGAGAAGAUUUGAGAAGUUUGUACCAGAAGUUGGGGAUUGAGAACAAGUCAAUAGUGUUCCUGUUUACGGAUGCACAUGUAGCAGAAGAGAGUUUCCUGGAACUCAUCAACAACAUGUUAACUUCAGGAAUGGUGCCAGCCCUUUUUGCAGAUGAUGAAAAAGACUCCAUACUAAGUCAGAUUGGAGAUGAAGCUUCUAAAGCUGGCGUGAACCCAGGCAAAGAUAGUGUCUGGCAAUAUUUUGUGAGCAAAUGUGCAAACAACCUGCACAUUGUCCUGGGAAUGUCCCCAGUUGGGGAUGACCUGAGAACAUGGUGCAGAAAUUUCCCAGGUCUUGUCAACAACACUGGUAUUGACUGGUUCUUGCCCUGGCCCUCCCAGGCCUUGUUUGCAGUUGCAGAAUCCUUUGUGGGAAAUAACAAAUUCAUCCCAACUGAGAGCUGCGAGUCAGUGAUUGAGCACAUGGUCAUGGUGCAUGAAUCUGUAGGGCAUUUCAGCAAGAAAUUUCAGCAGAAACUGAGACGUAGUAAUCAUGUCACACCAAAGAAUUACCUUGAUUUUAUCCACACUUACUCAAAGCUGCUGGAGGAGAAAAAUGAGUUCAUUUUAGCCCAAUGCAAACGGCUCGAUGGGGGCUUGGUUAAACUGAAGGAAGCUGCUGUACAACUGGCUGAGCUGAACCAAAAACUUGCUGAGCAAAAUAUUGUGCUAACAGAAAAGUCAGCUGCUUGUGAGGCUUUGUUACAAGAGAUUUCAGCAAACACAGAAGCAGCUGAGGAGAAGAAAAAAAUGGCUGAAGAAAAAGCUGCAGAGAUACAGGAACAGAAUCAGGUUAUUGCUGUGGAGAAGGCAGAUGCUGAGACAGCUUUGGCUGAAAUCAAGCCUAUUUUAGAAGCUGCCAAAUUGGAGGUUGAGAAGCUUGAAAAGGGUGAUGUUACUGAACUCAGGUCCUUUGCAAAACCCCCUAAGCAGGUGCAGGCUGUUCUGGAAUGUAUUCUGAUAAUGAAAGGAUCCAAAGAGCUGAGCUGGAAGGCAGCCAGGGCAAUGAUGGCUGACCCAUCUUUCCUGCAACAUCUGUUGGAGACGGAUUUUAGGUCAAUUCCUCCGAGCAACGUGAGAGCUAUGCGAGCUCUGUUGAAGAAUCUUAAUGUUACCUUCAGUGAGAUGGAAGCUAUUAGCAGAGCAGGAUUGGGAAUGUUAAAGUUUGCUGGAGCAGUGGUGUCCUACUGUGAUGUAGUUAAAGCCAUCAAGCCAAAGGAAGAAAAGGUGGCUAAGCUGGAACGGAACUAUGAGUUAAGGAAGAGGGAACUGGAAAACAUACAGAGAGAGCUGACUACCAUUCAGGAUGAGCUGAAAGCUUUGGGGGACAAAUAUCAACAGGCAAUACAAGAAAACCAACAGUUACAAGAAGAAGCAGAGAUCAUGCGGAGAAGAUUAGAGGCUGCUGACAAGCUCAUCGAUGGCUUGAAAUCUGAGAACGAGAGGUGGACAGAGGAUUUUAAGGAAUAUGAAAUCCGAAAGGUGAAGUUGCUUGGAGACUGUCUACUCUCUGCUGCCUUUCUGAGCUAUGAAGGAGCAUUCAGCUGGGACUUUCGUCAUGAAAUGAUCUAUGGAGUGUGGCAAGAAGAUAUCCUCUCACGAGACAUUCCUGUCAGUCAACCAUUUAGGUUAGAAAAGCUCCUGACUGAUGAGGUGGAGGUUAGCAGGUGGGUUUCCCAGGGAUUGCCUCCUGAUGAGCUCUCUAUCCAGAAUGGCAUCCUGACAACAUAUGCCAGUCGCUUCCCGCUGUGUAUUGACCCACAGCAACAGGCACUACACUGGAUUAAGAAGAAAGAAGAGAAAAAUAAUCUGAGGGUGGCUUCCUUUAAUGACCCAGAUUUCCUAAAACAACUAGAACUGGCCAUAAAGUAUGGAAACCCUUUCUUGUUGCAUGGGGUUGAUGAAUAUAUCGAUCCUGUGAUAGACAACGUCCUGGAGAAGAAUAUCAAAGUUGCACAGGGGAGAGCAUUCAUUGUCCUGGGGGACAAAGAGGUUGACUAUGACAGUAAUUUUAGAUUGUACCUGAACACUAAAUUGGCAAACCCAAAGUAUUCUCCCUCUGUGUUUGGCAAAGCUAUGGUUAUCAAUUAUACAGUUACACUGAAGGGCCUGGAGGAUCAGCUGCUCAGUGUCAUUACGGGUUUUGAACGGAGGGAGCUGGAAGAGCAGAGAGAACGUCUCGUCCAGGAGACCAGUGACAACAGAAACCUGCUGAAAGAUCUGGAAGACUGUCUGCUUCAGGGACUGACAUCUUCCACAGGAAACAUGGUGGACAACUUGGAACUGGUGCAAACCCUGGAAGAGACAAAGUUCAAAGCUACUGAGGUGAUUGAGAAACUGAAGCUUGCAGAGACGACAGCGGCAGAUAUCGAUCUCCUUCGAGACGGCUACAGACCAGCUGCCAGGAGAGGAGCCAUUCUCUUCUCAGUUUUGUCUGAAAUGGCACUUGUCAACAUCAUGUAUCAGUUCUCACUGGUUUCCUUCUUAGAGGUGUUUGGACUCUCUCUUCAGAAAUCCAUGCCCAGUCCUGUUCUUCCAAAGAGGUUAAGAAACAUCAUGGAUACACUGACUUUCAACACCUACAACUAUGGCUGCACAGGCUUGUUCGAGAAGCACAAGUUACUGUUCUCCUUUAAUAUGACUGUCAAGAUAGAACAGGCUGAAGGCAGAGUUCCACAAGAAGAAUUUGAGUUCUUUUUGAAAGGCAAUAUUUCCCUGGAGAAGAGUGCACGGAAGAAACCUCAUGCUUGGCUUCCAGAUCAAGGCUGGGAAGACCUGAUUCACUUGUCUGAACUGUUUCCUGAGAAAUUUGAAUCUCUUCCAGAUGAUGUGGAAAAAAAUCCAGAUGUAUGGAAAAAUUGGUAUGACACAGAUGCCCUGGAGCAGAUCCCAUUCCCCAUGCAGUACCAGGACAGUCUCUCAGCCUUUCAGAAGCUCCUGCUCCUACGGUGCUUCCGUCUGGACAGGCUGUACCGGGCAGUGACCGACUACGUGACAGUGACAAUGGGGGAGAAGUAUGUGCAGCCCCCCGUGAUCAGCUUUGAGGCCAUCCUGCAGCAGAGCAGCCCUUACUCACCAGUGGUUUUCAUCUUGAGUCCUGGCUGUGAUCCUGUCACUGACCUCAUGAAACUGGCUGAGAGGACAGACUUUGGAGGGGAUAGACUCAAAUUCCUGGCCAUGGGACAAGGCCAAGAAAAGAUUGCUCUGCAGAUGCUGGAGAAUGCAGUGGUUGAAGGAGAGUGGCUCAUGUUGCAGAACUGUCACCUUUUGGUGAAGUGGCUGAUCGAGCUGGAAAAGGCCCUGGAGAAAAUUGCAGAACCUCACCCAGACUUUCGCCUCUGGCUGACGACUGACCCGACCAAAGGGUUCCCAGUUGGAAUCCUGCAGAAAUCCUUGAAGGUUGUUACAGAACCACCUAGUGGUCUGAAGCUGAACAUGAGAGCCACCUACUUCAAAAUUCCCCAGGAAGCCUUAGAGGAGUGCCCACAUCCUGCCUUUAAAUCCUUGGUCUAUGUCUUGGCAUUUUUCCAUGCUGUGGUUCAGGAGAGAAGGAAGUUUGGGAAGGUUGGCUGGAAUGUACCAUAUGAUUUUAAUGAAUCUGAUUUCCAGGUUUGCAUGGAAAUCCUUAACACAUACUUGACCAAAGCUUUCCAACAAAAUGAUGGUAGAAUCCCUUGGAGCAGUCUCAAAUACCUUAUUGGAGAGGUCAUGUACGGUGGCCGCGCGAUCGAUAGCUUCGACCGGCGCGUCCUGAGCGUCUACAUGGACGAGUACCUCGGGGACUUCCUCUUUGACACAUUGCAAGUCUUUCAUUUCUAUAAGAAUGACAAGGUUGAUUAUAAAAUUCCAGAAGGGACUGUAAAGAAUGACUUUGUUGAGGCCAUAGAAGCUCUGCCCCUUUCCAACACUCCAGAGGUGCUUGGGCUCCACGCGAACGCCGAGAUCGGGUACUACACGCAGGCAGUGCGCGACAUGUGGGCUCACCUCCUUGAGCUGCAGCCCCAAACAGGUGAAACUGGAACAGGAAUCAGUCGAGAUGAAUACAUUGGCAAUGUUGCCAAGGAUAUAGCGAACAUGUUACCCCCAGUCUUUGAUCUCGAGCAGAUACGGAAAGGCUUUGGAGUUGACAUCUCCCCCACGACUGUGGUGCUGCUGCAGGAGCUGGAACGUUUCAACAGGCUGAUCAUUCGCAUGGCAAAGUCACUGGCUGAGCUGCAACGUGCCUUGGCUGGGGAGGUUGGCAUGAGCAGUGAACUGGAUGAUGUGGCUCAGGCUCUCUUCAACGGGCAGAUUCCUGGGAUCUGGCGGCGACUAGCCCCCGACACACUCAAAACACUUGGAAACUGGAUGAUUUUCUUUAGAGCUCGGUAUAACCAGUACUCCAGCUGGGUUAAUGAGCACGAGCCCAGGGUGAUGUGGCUGUCAGGUCUGCACAUUCCUGAAUCCUACCUGACAGCUCUUGUUCAAGCCACCUGCAGGAAAAACAAGUGGCCCCUGGAUCACUCCACCCUCUACACAGAGGUAACCAAGUACAGGAGAGCAGAAGAUGUCACUGAAGACUGCACUGAGGGCUGCUUUGUUUCUGGCCUGUUCCUGGAAGGAGCAGACUGGGACAUGGAGCAGAGCUGCCUGACCCAGAGCCAGCCCCGCGUCCCGGUGGUGGAGCUGCCCAUCGUCAGGAUAAUCCCCACGGAAGCACACAGGCUCAGACUGCAGAACACGCUGCGGACACCUGUGUACACAACCUCCCUGCGCCGGAACGCGAUGGGCCUCGGCCUCGUCUUUGAAGCUGAUCUUUACACUACAAAGCACAUUUCCCACUGGGUCCUUCAGGGUGUGUGUCUCACCCUGAAUGCAGACUGA